UUCUUUCUCAAUUUUUCUUUCUUGAACCAAAAAAAAAAAAAAAAAACACUAAGCGAGCAUGGCGUCCUUUGAGCAAGCACCUCCUGGUGACGCAAAGGCUGGAGAGAAGAUUUUUAAGACCAAGUGUGCCCAGUGCCACACCGUCGACAAAGGUGCCGGUCACAAGCAAGGACCCAAUCUAAACGGUCUGUUUGGAAGGCAAUCGGGUACAACUCCAGGCUACUCAUACUCCGCUGCUAACAAGAACAUGGCUGUAAUUUGGGAGGAGAAAACUUUGUAUGAUUACCUGCUCAAUCCCAAGAAGUACAUUCCUGGAACAAAAAUGGUUUUCCCUGGAUUGAAGAAGCCACAGGAACGUGCUGACCUCAUCGCAUAUUUGAAGGAAUCUACGGCACCCUGAAUGGGCUUCAAACACUUUUGGUUUAUCUAUUCCAUCUUGUAGUCAAUUUGGAGAUUGUUUCUCACACAAGGAUGUAAUAAAUUAGACCUUCUAGGUCAGCCAAGCCUUGCUCUUUUACAAUGAGCAUUCUUGGUAAUUGUUUCUUUGAGAAGAGGUUGCCAUUGCCGGCAGUGUAAGGUUUGUUCAAUUAGAUUGUCAUUAUACUUCAUGAAUAUCUGGUGAAUUACCGGUAUGCAAAUGAUAAUUUUUUUCAGACUUUAAACCA